AUGUAUUUCAAAUUAAUUGUAAUUCUAGGAGUAAUUACUCCAAAUAUAAUUGCACAAGUACCAAAUUUAGGAUUCUGUCCUGGCUACAUACCAAUGGCCGAUUUUAACAUGAAUCGAUUUUUGGGUAAAUGGUAUGAAUCCGAACGGUAUUUUACAUUCAGUGAAGUGGGUUCCCGAUGUGUUACCACCAAUUAUGCAAAAGGUCCAAAUGGUAAAAUCUUUGUGUCGAAUAAAAUUACAAAUCGUAUAACUGGUGUGAAACGUAUUAUCGAUGGUGAAAUUAAUGAAAUUGCAAAGGGUGGUGAAGGACGUAUUACCGUUAAAUAUAAUACGUUGCCAGUAUCGUAUGAUACGUCUUACGUUAUCUUGGAUACUGAUUAUGAUAGUUUUGCUGUUUUAUGGGCUUGCAGUGGAAUUGGACCAAUUCAUACACAAAAUGCAUGGGUAAUGACACGUGAAAGAUUACCAGCCGGUACAGUUUUACAAAAAGCAUAUGGAGUAUUAGAUAAAUAUAAGAUCAGUCGUGCAUUCUUCGUGAAAACCGAUCAAGAAAGUUGUGCUUUAACAGCCGAUGAUUUCGGAACUCCUGGAUUUGCUCCUGAUGAAGUAGAUGAAAAUGAUGGUGCAGUGAAAUCUCAAGGAUUGGAAAAAUCUGCUGUUUCUGUACCUGAACAUAUUUUAAAAUCAUCAGAGCUCGAAAAAAUUGAAGCACCUCAACAAAUCAAAGAACUACCUCAAGAAUCAACAGUAUUAAACACUAAGCCCGAAAGUCAACCGGAAAAAUUGAUUGAGAAAAUUCAAUCUGCGUAA